ACACGCGGAAGAUGACAGUUGCAAUAUGCGACACUGGUGAAUAUCUCUUCACAGCUGCAUUUCAAUCUGAUCCGUUGCUGUGUAACUUCACGAAAUGAUCAACUGGCGAUACGGAGUUUCAUUAUGCUGUCUUUUCUUGGCAACAUCAUGGGCCAAUCUACCGCCGCAAAUGAUGGAACUGAAAGACUCCCUCAUGCACGAAAUGCAAACGCUUCAACGCGUGAUCCCAGGCCACCACCCAGUCGAUCGCCGAACCGACCACCAGGUGCAAAGCGUCAUGGAUGAGUUCCUGGCGUUGAACCAGAACAGCAUCGAUGCCAUUCUGCGGGUGCUAAUGCUGAUCGACCAUGAUUUGUCCAAUGCGAUUCACGAUUGCGAACGGGUUGCCGAUUUGCCUUCGCUGGACAGUGGAAAUGUGAUUUUUGAUUGGGUUACAAAACCGUUACUGGUGAGAGUGCGAGAGCUUUGUGGGUUGAUUUCUUCGAAUGCCGUUGAGCAAGUGGAAAAUAGUUUGGAAGCAGUACAGAUCGAGGCGUCUGUCUACAGGCAGAGAUUGGACGCCACCUUGAAGAAUAUUGCGAUCGUGUCCAGUCGAUUGGAAAGUGAUAUAUUUGAAGAGCGGUCUCGAUUGGAGGGGAAAAAUAUUCUCUACGUUUUAGAACGUGUGAAUACGACGCUUAUGGCAGAGCUGGAUGAAACCUUCACUAAAUAUCUUUCGAAAUGGGCAGAGCUCUACAGGAAAUUGACGGAGGUGAUACCAGAACAAGUCGUCAUGACUUUGGAUGAGUAUCCAACGGUUGCAAUGGUGUACGAUUUCUUCGAUUUUCUGGACAAUGAAACAACGGUUCUACAUGGGGAAAUGCAUGAGCUGAUGGAUUAUUGGAUGGAACUUGUGGAAGAAGCUCUAGAGGGGGUUACAAAUUCGACGAUCGAGACAGAUGGUUUUCUACGGGAGUAUCCUUUGGAAAUGUUCCUCAACGGAAAGACAAACUUCGACUGUGUUGCAAGAUAUUUCCAGGGUUUCGAUGAACGAGUUCUUUAUUCCGUGAAAAAUUAUUAUCGCUGCAUCGAUUAUGCUGAUGAAAUGAGCAAAGCAUUCCGUCGCAUAGACUCAGUUCUGGAUUCAGCAGACAAAGCCAUCGGGUUUAUCAUGGAGACCUACAUAAACUGUGGAACUUUUGUGCAAACAUUUGAGGAUAACCUACCAUUGGAGGAAUGCUUGAUGGAAAUGCAUGACUUGCUAAAUCAAACCCAAGAAUUCAUUGUGGAUAAAUCUAUUGAGAUAUAUAACUACGUGAUCGAUGGGAUGUCGUUGAACCAGGUCACUAUUGGUGCAUGCUUGUACGCACAAGUUGUUGAAGUGAUGCUACGGAAUGAGGAGCACUUGGAAGCGGUCGAGUCUUGUUCCGGAAAUAGCUAGAAACAUGGCGUGGUUGGAAGUAUUCACAAACCCAGUGAAUUUUGUGUCGGUUUAAAAUUUUCGAAUAUUUGAA